AUGGUUUGGCUUCUCGACGAUGUCUACGACACAAAACACCGGGCCUACAUGAUGCGCGAGAAGGAGAUGAAGCUUGAACCUUUGAAGAUUCGGUAUCACGGAGUCUCUGGUCCUGCCAUGCCUUACGAUGAGCGGUACACACCAUACAUCAAGCAGGCAGGACUACUCCCGUGGAUUCAGUUGGUCAGCCGGUCCACGCCGAAUCUGAACGCUCCACUGGUGUCCGCUCUUGCUGAUUGGUGGAGGCCGGAGACGCAUAGUUUCCAUCUUCGGACUGGGGAGAUGACCGUGACGCUCGAGGAUGUCUCGUUGAUCACCGGUCUUGCUAUCAACGGGAUGCCUCUCUGUAUGAGCACCGAUUCUGAUGGGUGGCGCGAGCAGAUGAUUGCUCUUAUCGGUAUGGCUCCUACCGAGGCUGAGGCUGAUGUAGAGGAGGGAGAAGAGAAGAAGAAGAAGGAAAGGAAAGCAUCCGGAGCUGCUUUCACGUGGAUUCAAACUCACUUUGCGACGCGCCCUCCGGAUGCCACUGAUGACGUGAUCCAGACACAUGCUCGUGUCUACAUGUGGUAUGUUGUGUCGAGGACUUUGUUUCCUGACUCCACUGGCAAGAACGCUCCAUGGAUGUGGCUGAAGGCGUUGACCGUCUUCGAUAGCAAAUGGAGCUGGGGUUCAGCGACUCUUGCCUACUUGUACCGACAACUGGACAAUGCGUGUUGCAGGAUCACAGAUAGUGCAGGCAUUGGUGGUAAUAUGCUUCUACUUUCUGUAUGA